AUGACGGCUGGAGCAGUUUUUUUUGUUUGCGUGUUUGUUGAGAUUUUACAAAAUUAUGGAACAAUUUGUCAAGAUUUCGGAUAUGAUGGUACCGAAGGUCCAAACUAUUGGGGAGCAAAAUACGCUCAAUGCGUAGGCAAACACCAAAGCCCAAUAGACAUUGAGGUAACCAAAGCAAUCACAAAGCAUUUUCCACCUUUGGUUUUCAGUCAUUUCGAUGAACCAAUACAGAAGGCUUUUUUGAUAAAUAAUGGACAUACAGUCCAAAUGAAAAUCAACAGUGAUCCAAAGCCUACAAUAAAAGGAGGCCCUUUAAGCGGAGAGUUUGAAUUCGCUCAGCUGCACUAUCAUUGGGGACAAAACGAUACAGUUGGCUCUGAAAGUCAAUUCGAUCAUCACACUUACCCUGGCGAAAUGCACAUAGUGUUUUUUGAUAAACGAUACAAAGACUUUACAGAGGCAGGAAAUAAACCUUCUGGUUUGACGGUUUUAGCAUUUAUAAUAAUUAUCGACGAACAUGAUAAUCUAGGCUAUGACAAUUUCGAGGAUGGCCUGAAAGACGUUAUCGAUGAGUCGGCAAACAGAACCUUCAACAAUUUAGAUUCUCUCAGUGAUCUGACUAGGCCAGAAGGAGAACGCAGUUUUUAUUACACUUACGAGGGUUCUUUAACUACGCCACCUUGCAGUGAGGUGGUUACUUGGAUUGAAUUUACAAAUCCCUUACCGAUGUCAAGGGAACAAAUAAAUGCCUUCCGGAAGCUAUUUUCUAAAAACGGACCGUUAACGCAUAAUUAUAGACCAAUACAACCCCUCAAUGAUAGAAUCGUUUACUUUAAUGGAGCAGAUAGCAAAUUGCCCAUGUCUCAUCUUACCACAGUAUUAAUUAUUGUAGCAUGUGUGUAUAAUAUUUUUUAG